AUGUAUGCCGACGACACACAAAUGUAUCUGAUACUGAAGCAAAGUGAAAUCGCCAGUGGGGUGGUGAGACUGGAGCAGUGCAUCGCAGAUGUGAAAGUCUGGGCUCGUGAUAACAACCUCAUGCUUAAUGGUGCCAAGACAGAACUCAUGCAUGUGACGUCAGCAUUUCGAAAAGCCAGUGAGCUGCCAGAUUUCGAAGUCGACUGCAAUACAAUCAAUCCAUCAAAAUCGUCUAUUAAUCUCGGAGUCGCAGUGGAUGACAAACUUACCAUGAAGCAACAUGUUCAGAAAUCAUGCAGAGCCGCUUCGUUUGGAAUUUACCGGAUCGGAAAACUCCGAAAGUACCUAGACCAAAGUUCUACUGGGCGCCUAAUAAAUGCAUUUGUGACAUCACACAUUGAUUACUGUAAUAGCCUGUUGAUAAAUCUACCCAGCUCACAUCUGACCAAACUCCAACACAUCCAGAACACUGCAGCCCGUCUCCUCACACGCACAAGAAAGUACGAACACAUAACACCUAUUCUUCGUUCUCUUCACUGGCUCCCCAUUCCACAGCGCAUCCAAUUCAAGGUACUGCUUCUCACCUACAAGGCCCGUAAUGGACUUGCUCCAGCAUACAUCAAUGGACUCAUUUCAACAAAGGUGCAAACCUCCUCCAUCAGGCUCCGCUCAUCAUCAUCUGUUCAUCUUCAACUAUCAUCUGGUCCUCGAACUCACACCCGCUAUGGAGAUCGUGCCUUCUCUGUAUGUGCUCCUAAACUCUGGAAUAAUCUCCCCGUCUCUGUCCGUGAAUCCCCAACUCUUGACACUUUUAAACGUAGACUUAAGACCUAUCUAUUCAACACGAAGUAA